GUAUUAAUUAUGAAAGCACCUCAAUCGUCCCAUCGAACCUCUGGUGGGUCACCACCGUCUUUCUGUUAUUUUGAUCCCAAUUUCUCAAAUCCAUGACCUCUUUCAUUAUGAUCGCCACAUCCUAGCACCUGCAAUAUUUGUUUGAUUUCGUGAUCUUCGAUAAAAUCCCUCGCUAAUCUUUAUAUAUUUUCCGCAAAAUUCGGUAAUCCCAUCUCCAAAUACACAUUUCAAUCUUUGUUCUCUUUUUUCUCCAAAACAUCUGAGUUUUACGGAAAAUCCUGACCCGAGGAUCGAGUUAUUUCCAUUUCAGGGCAAUCCAGAAGAGGGUUCUGUGUCAAAUUCUUCAUACAAUUGGGUAUUCUUAAGAAAUUUGGGAUUUUGGGUUGGAAUCUUUUCAACUUUGGAUAACUUGCCAAUCGGGGUUUUGUAAAUUUGUUCAUUAGUUUCGAUAUUCGACGAAAAUUCGGAUUUUAGGUAGAUGCACUCACUACCAUACUCAAUCCAAUCCGUAUAUAUUCCAUUUCUGUAACUAAUCUUCAUAGAUUUUCGGUGCGAUCGUUUCCUUCAACAACACCAAAAGUCGGUAAAGAUUCUGAUCGACAACUGUUUGAUCAUACCACGUAUAUUUGAAAUCAAUUAUUCGUCUUUUAGCUCGGAAAUUCAACAGAAACUUGCCCAAAUCUCAUCAAAAAACACACAAACGCCCCCUGAUCAUGCCAUUUCCAUUAUUCAACAUCGCAUUCUUUCAAGAACUCAUAUUAAAUCACAUUAGCUGUUCUACAAAAUAAUGAAGAACACAUCGAGUUUCUUUUUUCAUCGAUUCCUUCUGGAGCUGUAGUAAUUUCCGUUAAGAACAAUCGAUGAGGUUCUUUAACCUUAUGGGGAAUUCCUUUGGGUGCUCUGCAUCUGGAGAACGCCUUGUUUCCGCUGCAAGAGAUGGCGAUGUUCAAGAAGCCAAAGCUUUGCUUGAAUAUAACCCUAGACUUGCUCGAUAUUCCACUUUUGGUGUUCGGAAUUCCCCCCUCCAUUACUCUGCAGCUCAAGGCCACCAUGAGAUUGUUUCUCUCUUGAUCGAAUCUGGAGUUGAUAUCAAUCUCAGGAACUAUCGUGGACAGACUGCUUUGAUGCAAGCUUGUCAAUAUGGUCAUUGGGAGGUUGUUUUAACUCUGAUUCUUUACAAAGCAAAUAUCCACAAAGCCGAUUAUCUAAAUGGAGGAACUGCACUCCACUUAGCUGCUCUAAAUGGACAUUCAAGAUGUAUUCGAAUUCUUCAUGCUGAUUAUAUCCCAAGUGUUUCCAAUUUUCUUGAAAUUGUGAAUAGAAAAUCAAGAAUGGAAGAGUUUGUGUCAGAAUUGGAUGAAGGAUCGGUUUAUAAGACGAUUAAUAGAGCUGCUGAUGGAGGUGUAACUGCUCUUCAUAUGGCAGCAUUAAAUGGACAUGUUGAUAGUUUACAAUUGCUCAUUGAUUUAGGGGCUUCUGUUAAUGAAGUCACUGUUGAAGAUGGAACUACAAUUGAUUUGAUUGGUGCAGGAAGCACACCCCUUCAUUAUGCUGCUUGUGGUGGAAAUGCACAAUGUUGUCAAAUUCUGAUAGCUAAGGGAGCUUCUUUAGCUGCUGAAAAUGCGAAAGGAUGGACACCUUUAGCUGUUGCUCAAUCAUGGCAUAGAGACUGGCUAGAGGAAGUGUUGACCGAACAACCACAACAACAUCAACCGAUUCCUCAUUCUCCAUACUUGUGUCUUCCUCUUAUGAGUGUUGUCAAGAUUGCAAGAGAGUGUGGAUGGAGUCACGAUUCCAUUUCCACGUGUGCGGAUCCUUGUGCUGUUUGUUUGGAAAACAAAUGUGCAGUUGCUUCAGAAGGUUGUUGUCACGAAUUCUGCACACGAUGUGCAUUAUAUCUUUGUUCCACAAUCACCGCCGCCACCACCACCACCACCACCCAAAGGCCGCCAGGGUCCAUCCCGUGCCCACUCUGCCGCCAAGGAAUCGUAUCAUUCAAAAAACUUCCGGCCACCAAACCACUCCUUGGGAUGCCACGAACAAGCUUACCACUAUCAUUUUUCACAUGCACUUCAUUAACAGAAGACAAUGAUGACAUGGCACUUGAUACAACUCCACUAUGUAAACCCGAGUUUCCUUCACCACUUCGGUCUUUCAGCUGCCAAAAGUUUCCAUCAAUGAAACUGAGUUCUAGUCUUUGCAUGGGUGGAUCAGAUACUAGCCCUUCAUUGGUUCGAUCAUAUACAAGAUCGAGUUUUAGGAGAUCGAAUUCAGAAGGGAGAAGAUCGUGGUUGUGUUCUUUGAAUCAAUCUGUAGAAACUACUGCUGGAUUCUAAGAAAUGUGUUUGAUGUUUUUGUUUUUUGGUUUUUUGAAUGAAUAUCAAGGUUUUUGGUUUGGUUUUUGAUGAUUUGUUGUUGGGUAAAGUUGGAGGUGAAGUUGCCUAUUUGUGAUUAUUGUUAAUGAUGAUAAUUUAUUGAUGUGAUU